AUGACAAGUAGUGAUAAAAAUGAAAACAAAAGUAAUGACAAGAAUGAUGGCAAGAGUAAUAACAAAAACAGUGAUGAGAAUAAUAAUAUGAAUAAUUUUAAAAAAUUAAUUAUUAUAAAAGAGCAGUAA